UGCGGGUGGACAUCGGGCUGGGUCUCCAGCGGCCCCGGUAAUGGCCAGCAGGCUUCUUCAGGAUGAGAUGUCAACGUACAAGCGAGCCACGCUGGACGAGGAGGACCUGGUGGAAGCCAUGGAGGGGGAGGCCUACCCCGACGGGUUCCAGGUGAACUUCCGCGAGGCGGGGGGCAGCAGGGGCUGCUGGGCGGAGCGGACGCGCCUGGAGAAGGGGCUGCUGGUGCUGGCGACGGUGCUGCUGGUGGGCCUCCUGGCCUGUGCCCUCGUCCUGCUCUUCCAGCUCCGCACCCGGCCGUGCCUGACGGAGUCCUGCAUCUCGGUGACCAGCGCCAUCCUGGGCUCGCUGGACCGCUCGGUGGACCCCUGCGAGGACUUCUUCAGCUACGCCUGCGGCGGCUGGAUGAAGGCCAACCCCGUCCCGGACGGCCACUCGCGCUGGGGCACCUUCAACAAGCUGUGGGAGCGGAACCAGGCCGAGCUGAAGCACCUCCUGGAGAACACCACGGCCGCCGCCUUGAGCGAGGCCGAGUGCAAGGUGCAGCGCUACUACCAGGCCUGCAUGAACGAGACCAGGAUCGAAGAGCUGAAGGCCAAGCCCCUGGCGGACCAGAUCCAGAAGCUCGGCGGCUGGCAUCUCAACGACUCCAGCGAUGUGGAGGACUUCAACCAGACGCUCCUGGAGAUGGUGGCCCAUUACCACACCUCCCCGUUCUUCGCCAUCUACGUGAGCGCCGACUCAAAGAACUCCAGCCGCAACAUCAUCCAGGUCGACCAGUCCGGACUGGUGCUGCCGUCCCGAGAUUACUAUCUCAACAAAACGCAGAACGAGAAGGUCCUCACGGGCUACCUGGACUUCAUGGUGCAGCUGAGCGUGCUGCUCGGGGGGGAGAACAAGACGGCCAUCCGGCAGCAGAUGCAGCAGGUCCUGGACUUCGAGACCGCCCUGGCCAACAUCACCGUCCCCCAGGAGAAGCGGCGAGACGAGGAGCUGAUCUACCACAAAAUCCCCGUCGGGGAGCUCAAGAGCCUUGCGCCGGCCGUCGAUUGGAUGCCCCUGCUCAACGCCAUCUUCUACACCACGGAGAUCAACGAGUCGGAGCCGGUGGUGGUGUAUGCCAAGGAGUACCUUGAGCAGGUCUCCAGCCUCAUCCUCAGCACGGAGCGGCACGUGUUGCACAACUACAUGAUCUGGCACCUGGUGCGGAAAGGCGUCAGCUUCCUGGACCAUCGGUUCCAAGACGCCGAGGAUAAGUUCCUGGAGUCCAUGUACGGGUCCAGGAAGACCUGCUCGCCCCGCUGGAAGUACUGCAUCAGCGACACGGACUUCAACCUGGGAUUCGCUCUGGGCGCCAUGUUCGUGAGGGCCACCUUCGCCGAGGACAGCAAGGCCAUCGCCGAGGAAAUGAUUUCAGAGAUCAAAAUGGCGUUUGAGGAGAGUUUGGAGAGCCUACGGUGGAUGGACGAGGAGACGCGGAGGUCUGCCCGGGAGAAGGCUGAUGCCAUCUACAACAUGAUUGGCUACCCCAAGUUCAUCAUGGACCCCAAAGAGCUGGAUAAAGUCUUCAGUGACUACGACGCCACGCCCGAUCAAUACUACGAGAACGUCAUGCACUUUUUCAACUUCUCUGCCCGUGUGGCAGCUGACCAGCUCCGGAAGCCCCCCAACCGUGACCAGUGGAGCAUGACACCCCCAACGGUGAAUGCCUAUUACUCCCCGACCAAGAACGAGAUUGUCUUCCCAGCGGGGAUUCUGCAGGCUCCGUUCUACACCCGGAGCUCCCCCAAGGCGCUCAAUUUCGGAGGGAUCGGAGUUGUGGUCGGCCACGAAUUGACCCACGCGUUUGAUGACCAAGGCCGCGAGUAUGACAAGGAGGGGAACCUCCGGCCCUGGUGGAAGAACUCCUCGGUGGAAGCCUUCAAGCAGCAGACGGAGUGCAUGGUGGAGCAGUACGGCAGCUACAUGGUCAACGGCGAGGCCGUCAACGGCAAGCACACCCUGGGGGAGAACAUCGCGGACAACGGGGGGCUCAAGGCCGCCUACCGGGCCUAUCAGAACUGGGUGAGGAAAAACGGGGAGGAGGAGACGCUGCCGGCCCUCGGCCUCAACAACCACCAGCUCUUCUUCGUCGGGUUUGCCCAGGUCUGGUGUUCCGUCCGCACCCCGGAGAGUUCGCACGAAGGACUGGUCACUGACUCCCACAGCCCGUCGCGCUACCGGGUCAUCGGCACCAUCUCCAACUCCAAGGAGUUUGCCCAGCACUUCCAGUGCCGGCCUGGCUCCCCCAUGAACCCCCUGCGGAAGUGCGAGGUCUGGUGAUGCCUCCUGCCCACCCCCGUGAGAAAAGGGAACCGGAGCUCAGCCGAUCGGGGUGGGCUCCUUCAGCCUGCCUCGGUUUUCAAGAAGCAGACCGCGACCCUGGGAACUCUCCUUGCCGGAGUCGGCCUUCCGGCUCCCACCUGCUGCUCCCGGCCGGAAGGGGUCUCCGGCGCGGCCCCCCCCCAGCGCCACCGGAAUCCGCUCCACUGUGAAAGCUCUCCCGAAUUGAUCCCUGGACCGCCACGGUGCUUUCCAUUCGUAGCUUCCCCCUCUGGGAGCGCCCGGGACAGGCCGCCGGCCAUGCUCUCUCCACGCAGGGAAAAGGGAUCUCGCCUGGCCGGGGCCCGCAAGCUUUUCUGCCUCUUUUUCCAAAGGGAGGACCACCAAGAAACGGCACCUCGUGUGGGUCAAGUGCCAGACACACGAGGAUGCCUUUUUAUAUAAGCACACACAUGAUAAAGCGUGUAACAUAAGGGGGGUUAUUUUUUUAAUUUUGCAGAACACUGGAAAUUUUAGGGGGAAAUAUAUUGAAGGUUUUUAUAUAUAAAAAUGAAUAGAAUGGUAUAUUUAUUACUUUUGGUCUGCACAGCAACAUAGGGAGAGAGUUUUCUGGUUCAGGGCAAGUGGCAGGACGCAGGUAUCCAGCGGCUCCCUCUGCGUUUCCGCGUUAGUCCCUGGGAUGCUCCCUGUCCUCACCCAGGUCCUCCGUUGGCUGGGGGACACGGCUCUUCCAACUCCUUCCUCCCUGGCAGGGCUGCUGUCCCACUACUUGAAAUCUGGGCGCUGGGCCGCUCUGCCGAGCCCGUGUAGCAGGGAGCAUCUCCAAACACACCCCCUUUGUCAGCCUUCUGCUUUGAAAGUGGGGAACGUUCUGUUCUCUGCCCUGCCCUGCGACCAUCAGCUUGCCUCUGGCGCACGACGCCGAGGCGUCCGGUGACACUCGCCACCCCCGCACCCAGACGAGGGGCCCCUUUGCAAUGCAGCGCGCCCCUCGGAAGCUCGCGCGGCUGCCUGUCGGAGGUCUCCCCGCACAGGCCUCCCCUCGCAGCCCCGCUGGCCUCGCUCGCGCUGGGAGUGCCGGUGCCGUCAGGAAGUCCCGGAAGCCUUGCUGAAGGCUGUUGGGCGCAGAGAGGGAAUGCGUUCUGCCCUGCAGGAGCUCUCUCAGUCCCCGUGACCCUGGAGCACAGUGCGGGAAGGCCUCGGGGGCUCUGAGACCGUCAGGUUGGAUCCGGGCUCGGAGGUCCUCGGGAUGGGCCAGAACGGAGGUCCUGGCGCAUGUGCUGACGACUCCGGGACUCCAAACGCUUUCAGGGGUCCGGCUCGCUCCUCGGCGGAGGCUGCCAAUCUGUGCUUGGGUGCUGGAACCUCGCUCAAAGGCACUGAACGUGGGGCCUGCAGCCGCUGACAGGCGCGGGGACCGUCUGCUCUUUGAGGAGGCCGCCCGCAUGUCGCCGAGCCGCGCGGCGCGUCUCGGGACCUCUGGGCGGGGGGGCCAGACAGCGGUGCGCCAGCCCUCGCGAGCGGGUGUCGCCGGGGUGCCGAUCCUCCGCUGGGCUCAUGGCAAGCCCUUGGCCGUCUCUGGCUUCCAUGUGGCACGUGGGCCAGAUCUGUGAUCCCAGCUGUGGGCCGAACAUGCCUCGCGCAGUCGUAUUUGGCAGGGAGAAUCGAUUGGUUGUAUCUUCCGGCUUGAUUUCUUCCUAGGCAGGUUUAAAUCCAGAGGCACGAGGCGGUGGGCUUGCGCUGCUUGGACAUCUCCCGGCUCACUUGGCCUUCCUUCCAAAGAGCUUGCAGGCCGGUGUGAGGGCAGCCGGGCGGUUCCUCCGGCCUCCUGCUCCUGCACGGAGGCUGCGUCCCUGCUUCCCCCAUGCAGGCCGCCUCUGGGUGCCUUCUCUCUUCGAUGCGACCUGUCUGGCUACUGGGGACCAGACCUGGCCCCUCGUUGCCCUUUGCUCAGCCCUCCUGCCUUCCGGGCUGCACCUGCUCCGGCUGCCCGGGAGAGGAGUGACCCCAGCGAUCCAGCCCAGGCGGCACCCCCAGCGGGGCACUGGGGCUUCCUGCGCGGCCGGGCGAGGGAGGCCCAUGGAGGAGGGCGUGCCAUGGGGCCACGGCUGCGCUGUGCUGCGCUGCGCUUCCCGACUGGGGCUGCCCCUCUCCCGCUUGUCAGUUGCUGGUUUUCCUGCGCGGCUCCUCCCGGCACAGCCAAAUCGGUCCCAGCUGUGCAUCUGCUCUCGGUAAUUGGACCCAAAGAGAACGUGCUGAUGGCUUCCAGAUGUGCUGCUGAGCGUUCAGGAGGGCUCGCGCAUGGAAGGUCGGCCAGGCGAGCAUCGCAGUGCGUUUGUGAGCUUCCUUGCCCCACGCCGGGGAGAAGGCGCCGCAGGCCCCCCCCCCACGUCCGGGCCCUGCCAUGCCCUGGGGGCCGGUGAGCUCAUCAUCCGCCUCGCACUGAGUGAAAAAGGGAACCGAGUGAAAAAGCUUCACUUUGGGCCUACAAGGCCCGCCUUACUUCAGGAUUAAGGGACGGGUGUGCGAGGAAUAUGGCCGCCCGUUGUGUGUGCGGGCGCGGGAAGAGUGCAGCGUUUGGUCUGUCGGUCCUUCUUGUCAUCUCCCCUCGGUUUGGGACGACUGUAAUUUUGAAAUAAAAAGGCUUUUGUUUGAUUUAAAA